AUGUCGAUUUUUAAAAGAAAAUCAGCAUCUAAUGUUUUCGUUAGGGAUUUACGUCCUGGCUCUGAUAACUUUGUUAUCAAAGUUAAUAUCCUCAAGAUUUGGGAUGGAUUCAAAGGUAGAGGGGGGUGUUCACUUGAGAUGGUCUUGGUUGACCAAGAGGGUGAUAGGAUACAAGCAACUCUUGAAAGGUUUUUCGCUAAAUCUUUUCGUAAAGAUUUGAUCGAGGGGAGAUCGGUGAUUAUCAAUACUUUUAAGGUUGUUGAGUAUAAUUCUGAGUAUCGAACUACACGAACACCUUUCAAGAUAGUGUUCUAUGCAACUACGACUGUCUCUGUUGGUAAGUAUGUGACAUUGGCGACUAUACGCUCGGUUGCCAAUAGUAAUUCGUGGUAUUACAUAGCAUGCAAGAAGUGUGAAAAAAAGGUUCAUCCUAUACCCGAGAGAGACCAUGCUCCUUCGCCGCCGUCUUGGAAAUGCAUUAAUUGCAAUAGUAAUGUUUAUGAGUCUGAAGUUGUUGCUAGUUUCUUUCUGUUGUUGAUUGUGGACGAUGGUUUUGGAGGGACGGCAGUCUUUGUCGUGUUUGACAAAAUUGCUCAAAAAUUGUUUAAGAAGACUGUCGAGGAAGUUUUCGAAGAGUCUGUUGGGGAUAAUUCGUCUGGACUGCCUCAAUCACUGCAUGAUCUAGAAGGAAAAGAGUUCCUUUUUAAGGUUGUUGUAACUGAAGAUAAUGUCAAAAAGGUUAAGAAUUCGUUUUCGGUUGACCAGUUUAGAUAUGAUGACUACAUGAUUCAGACGUUCUGUAGUCAGGUCUAUUCUGAGCCUCCGUUUUUGGAAACCUUCGUCGAUGAAGAUAGAGGAUCACAUGUUGAGAAAACUCUGCCUGCCUGUUCUAAAAGUGAUUGUGAUGAUCCUCAUGUCAAUGUCGAUGUAAAUGCAGAAGAUUCUAUCGAGAAGAUUGUACCUGCAUCUUCUAAAAGUGACUGUGAUGCUCCUAAUGACAUUGUUAAACUAAAUACAAAUGUCACACUCGAGAAGACAGCUCCUGUGGGUUCUAAAAGAGAUCGUGAGGAUCCUGACGUCAUUCCUACUCCUGUCAAAACAUCUGGAUCUAGAAGGAAGAAGAAUUCUAUGUCAUAG